UGACACUAACCUAACAGUUGUCACAUUUUCUAUUUACCAUUAUUUCCUCUAAAACGUGAAAUCACCAAACUAAAGAGGCAUAAACCUGAGCUUGUCUGAUACUCUCAAUUUUCACCACUCACCACACCAAACACCAACUGGUAUACCUACCACUCCAAGCAAAGCCGAUAAAUUCUCCGGCACAUCUCCAAAAAUGUGUAUGCUAGCGUGUACUCACGUUGAUAUAUGUAGAUGUAAUUAUGGUGUGCGUCUGAUUUGUACUUAAAAUUGAGUACCAAUGAUGCAUAUAAAGAUACCAAAAAAGCAUCACAAUUUCGGAAAUGGCGACGACAUACGCCUAAAAAGGACAAUUAAUAAAUGCGCACGCAGUCCACUCCAAGAUCUCAUCUCCGCCCGCCUCCCUCUCCCACCCGCCACCUCCUCGCUAUUAGUACCCGCCACGCCACCGCCCCGCCCCGCCCCGCCUCGGCGCCUGCCCUGCCUCCGGACUCCUCGCCCGCCACCUUCCCCCACCUGCACGGCUACACCGAACCCACGACGGCUCGGGCGCUGCUGCUUCUCGCCGAGUGGUGAAGCUACAGAGGGAGCCAUGGGCCCCGCGCCGAGGGAGCACAUGAAGCAGCGGGUGAACCGCUGCCUGCUGCGGCUGUCGGACAGGGACACGGAGGCGAUGGCGGCCGCCGAGCUGGACGCGAUCGCGCGCGGGCUGGACGCCGACGAGCUGCCGGGGUUCGUGGCCGCGGUCUCCGACGCGCGGCCCACCGACCGGACGCCGCUGCGGCGGCACACGCUCCGGCUGCUCGCGCUCGUGGCCGGCGAGCACCCGAGGGACGCCGUCGCGCCGCUCGUGCCCCGGCUCGUGGCCGCCGUGCUGCGGCGAGUGCGGGACCCGGACUCCUCCGUGCGCGCCGCGCUCGUCGACGCGGCGCGCGCCGCGGCGGGGGCCGCAGCGUCGCCCCCCGCAGCGCUGGGGCCGCUCGCGGACGCGCUGCUCCACGAGCAGGAGCAAUGCGCACAGUUGGCCGCCGCGCUCGCUGCGACGGCGGCCGUCGAGGCCUUGGCGCCCACCGACGACCUCGCUGCCUACCUCCGCGCCCUCCUCCCGCGCCUCCUCAAGCUCCUCCGCAGCGCCGCGUUCAAGGCCAAGCCCGCCCUCAUCUCCCUCAUCGGCGCUGCCUCGGCCGCCUCCGGCGGCGGAGCUGCGUCCACCGCGGUGCCUUGCCUCCGCGACGCGCUUGCCGGCGAUAACUGGGCCGCGAGGAAGUCUGCCGCCGAGGCGCUCGCGCUGUUAGCACAAGAGCACGGGGAUGAUCUCAUCUCCCACAAACCAUCCUGCAUUGCCGUCUUCGAGGCGAAAAGAUUUGAUAAGGUGAAAAUUGUGCGCGAGUCCAUGAACCGGAUGAUCGAGGCGUGGAGGGAGAUCCCUGACGUGGAUGAGGAAGUCUGCUCCUCCGACGUGCCGCCAUCGUCGCAGGCGAGAUCUUCCCUUACAGAGACUGCGAGUGAUAGCCGAUACCCGACUGAUUCUUUGGGCUCCAACUCUGUCCCGUCAGUUACAAGAAGGAACUCAUGGCCGACUAGCAGGUCGCCCCCACGGGAUGCAUUGCACAAUGCCAGCAACAGAAGAGUCAGCCCUUCUUCCAUCACGAACAAGAAGAAUUCGCCUCCGUCACGCCGCAACGUAGACCAAGCCAAGAACUAUGAGCACAAGGUCGAUGUUACUGUCGCUUUGGAUGCGACGCCGAUCAAAAUGGUGACCGAGGAGAAACUCAUGAAAGAAGGCAAUGUUAGAGAAAGGCUUGAGGCGCGGAGGAUGCUGUUCCAGAAGACUGGUGAGAAGGGGUACGAGAAGUUGGCUGGUACCAAGUCAGGAUCAAGAGUUGUUCCAUGCAAUGGGGAUGGUGACAUUGAAGAGACUGCUGAGACUGAGGAUGCGCCUGAGGAGUUUCAAUCAGGUCACAAAGAUGAGGACCUUUCAAAGAUCAGGAUGCAGCUGGUUCAGAUUGAGAAUCAGCAGGCCAGCUUACUUAAUCUUCUUCAGAAAUUUAUGGGGAGCUCUCAGAACGGGAUACGUUCCUUGGAGGCGAGGGUGAAUGGGCUGGAGAUGGUAUUGGAUGAGAUCUCCCGUGAUUUGGCUGCCUCUUCAGGAAGGACUCCAAACAGUGAGCCUGACACGAACGCGUGCUGCAUUCUGAGCCCGAAGUUCUGGAGAAGACAUGAUGGCGGUAGAUACAGUUCCAGGUACUCUGGCUCCGACAUCCCAAACUACUCUGAGGAGAGCAGAACUUCUUACAAGUGGGAGAGGCAGAAGCUUGGAGUUCAGGGCGGGUUCGUCACCAAUCCAUUAGCCGAGCCAAACACUUCAUCUGUAGGGUUCACAACGGUUACUCAGGAAGGGAGGAGACGAGACUCAUCUCAAUACAAGUCAAGGAGGUGUUAGAUGCGACAAAAACUGGUUCAUGUGAAGUGGCAGCUACUUGCUUUAGCAAGACACACGGAUCGUGAAGAUCUCAUUUGCAGUGCAUUUUCGGAGGCUUUUCUUCUUUUCUCCAAGCUGAGAUCUGAGAUGAUACGACUAAGAGGUUAUUCAUGAGUUGCUCAGGAUUAAGACCCCUGAUGUACAGCCCAAACUCUAAAGCAAGACCCUCACUGCGAGCUGGAUACUCUGUAUCAUAGUUUAGCAAUGAAAGAUUGAGAAUCGACUCUUACGUUCAGUUUCCUUCGGAGAAGCUUCUUGCAAGGCUAUGUAGUCAUGGAUGUAUCUUGUACUACUGCAUGUAAAUAGUUUGGAUACAAUGAUUCCUGUGCUCG